UUCACCACAUAGACAUGUCUUGCACAUACCGCAUAUAAUGUUGAAGACUAGCCAAUCAAAGACACUGACUUGACUGACAUUGGAAAGUGUUUCGACUUCAGUGUCACAUACUGAAAGUUGAUAAUUGUUGUACCUGACAGGUGAAUUCACCUUAAUUAACCAAGGACAGGUAUACCCCAGCGGGUGGGUAGGUAAUUUUGAAAGGAGCGUGAUUGUGUUGACGCACCUGAGUUAAUCAUUGCUCCAGCCCCGCCCAACCGUGAUCGACAUACGCAACUUCCGUCUUACCUCAGGUCGGCCAUAUUCUAUGAGCGAGGAUACGUGACGGCAACAACUAUUACCACAGAAAGGGAUCGAGGAGACACUGACACAUAUCGGAGUUUAGGUUCACAAAAGACUAUCAGAAAUGCCUAUAUUUGGUAAGAAAAACAAAAGUAAGGAGAAUUUGACACAAAAUCAACAAUCUCCGUCCGAUGAAGCGCCCCGCCCUGCGGGUAGCCCCGAAACAAAUGGAGGUGGGAAAGUGGCGAAGGACAACUCCCCUGCUCAACCACAGCCUAGGCCCAAACUCGUGUUUCACUGUCAGCUAGCACAGGGCUCCCCCACCGGUAUCAUACAAGGAUUUACCAAUGUGAAAGAACUGUACCAGAAGAUAGCAGAAUGUUAUGAGAUGCCUGUGUCAGAAAUUUUAUUCUGCACAUUAAAUACACACAAGAUAGAUAUGACAAAGUUAUUAGGAGGGCAAAUUGGCCUAGAUGACUUCAUAUUUGCCCACAUAAAAGGUCGGCCAAAAGAAAUGGAUGUCACAAAAUCUGAGGAUGCCCUUGGACUGACUAUUACGGAUAACGGUGCUGGCUACGCGUUCAUUAAGCGGAUCAAGGAGGGGAGCAUCAUGGACCGUGUGCCACUGAUCACUGUAGGAGAUCAUAUCGAGAAGCUUGAUGGCAAGAGUCUUGUGGGAUGCCGACAUUACGAAGUCGCCAAGAUGCUGAAAGAGAUCCCUAAAGGAACGACGUUCACACUGAGGGCCGUGCAACCUGAGAUGUCAGGCUUCUCCCAUAUAGGAGCAUCGUCAGGCGGCAAGAAGAAGGCUGACUUUGGCUCUGGGAAGCAGACUCUGAGACUCCGCGCCAAUGGACCUGCCACGGUGGAGGAGGAUGAUGAUGUGAGCAGCAUUGCCGUGGACAAGAUCAACAAUCUUCUAGAGUCGUACAUGGGCAUCAAUGACACGGAUCUGUCUCAGAGCAUAUGGGACAUGGGCAAAACCUGCGACAACCCCAGCACGUUUGCCAUCAACGUAGACGAAUCGGAGUUUAAAGAGUUUGGAUUUACUGAUGAUUUCAUCUUCGACAUGUGGGGAGCGAUAUCAGAUGCUAAGCAAGGACGUCUGAAGGCAGCAGCGAAAGAAUUUAACGAACAGUUUUAGAUCCCCACCCACUACAGAGCGCAUUAGGAUUAUAAUGCUCUUUUGUAUCUAGCAUUUGCCAGACCUGUGCGGACACAGCCAUCUGGCAACAAUAUAUUCUUUGCGUCCACAGAGGCGUUGUCUGUCACAUUCACAUGAAUGUACAAUAUAUCGAGGAUAUGUUAGCAUAUUAGGGUUUGUCCAUCAUUUGUCUCUCUUACAGUCCCAUAUUCAAUGAUUAAUAACGAUGGGUAUUGAAAGUCUGAAGCGUGUCACAAAAUAUUGCGAUACGCAAGGCUGUAUUGCGAUACGUAUCAUGAUAUCAUGUAUAAUGCCAAAUUUUGAAUUCAGUAAGAAAAAUUCAGCUUCAGGUCUAACUUCUUUCAUAUGUUAACAUUUUGUCCACGCAGAAACUGUGACUGAUGCCAUGUUAGGAGCCACAAUCGUUGCCAAGUAUUGUUGGUUGAAAUGUCGAAAUUACAAAUCUGCCUAAGGGAGGUAACUAAAAACUAAUCACGAUCUUUGUGAGAAACAAAUUACUUUGGAAUAACGUGAACAUUUUAAAGGUAUUGCCAAGGUUAUCACAAAACGCAUUGCCAAAAUUGAUAUUUGCAAUCACCUGAUACACGGCCCGUUAAACAUAAUAUCGUGAUACGUAUCCUUGAAAGAACCAAUUUACUUGAAUACUAGGAAGACUGCAUACACUUAAUCAUUAGCAACUAAGAAGUAUAGGAACCCGGAAGGGUAAGAACUGCGUAUGUUAAAUAUGCCUAUAUUGAUGGGACCUGCAUGGUGCCUUUAAGAUCAGCAUGACUGGCUUCAUCUCCAUAAUAACUGCACAGUCAGACCCACCGUUGCAGACUGACCUUGAGACAACGUAGACGUUGACCUGCCAGGGAGGAACCCUUCCCAGGCUAUUUAUUAUAAAGUGUAUAUAAUCUAUAUGAUCCAAUGCUUGUUAAUUUGAAGUAUUGUAUACGAUGUCUACCCCUUGUUAGCUAACGUUAGACAUAAUGGGGGAGUGUUUGUUACUGUUGUGUUUUCUUAUGCAAGUAGCAGUUUAUUACAAGGGAUGAAACACCACAAGCGGCAAAUGAUUGUGUGUUUUUAUCUGCUGCAACUUCAAGCCUGACCACUCAUAUGCUUGCAGGAAUUAAUGGUGGAAUAUGAUUGUCUUUCAAAAUAGCGAAAAGUAUCACAUUGUUUCAUGGUUGUCGGUGUAUUGUGGACAGUCGCAACACAUGACCUAAUAGGGUUAAAUUUCAUUCUGAAAUAUUGGGUCUUAUUCAAUUUGACCAUUGGAGACAAAAUAGUAUACCUCACUGUAGAAUUGUAUCCCCUUGCCCUGCAGGAUCUGCUAGCUGUUUGUUACAUUCCCAGUUAGGCCCUUGUUACCAUGACAACCAGAAAACCAAAGUUCCUGAUAUGGCAUUGGACAAUAUUUACUCAAUCACGACAGUACCGUAAGUCAUCUUUGUUCCACCUGAGACGUCCAUGAAACAAUGUUUCAGUCUAGCUGUAGGGUAUUGUAUAUAGACAUCUGAUAGCCUCCUUUGACGCAUGCUGCCAUGCCUUGCAUUGUGUAUAUAUGGUCUCCUGCGCUAGCAUCUUGUAUAGAGAUCACAACCCCAAAUGCACUUUGAGCCAUGCUCAUUGAACAAAUGAACGACACUUGUUAAAUAUUUAUUUGAUUUUAAAAAUCCUAUUAUGUAUUUUCAUACAGUGUUUUAUUCAUAUAGUUACCGUUUCAAAUUCUUUUACUCUUUUUCUGGCAAUAAUAAUGAUGCAAACGUUUAAAUUAUGUACCUGCCUUAAAAUGGCAUUUUGGAUAAAUGUCAUUUCAGAUCAUGCGUCUAAAGUCUUGUAAUUACAGCUGCCAGUAUGAGUGAUUUUAGUGAACCACUUUCAGUUUUACUCUCACCCACCCAAUGUUAAUCAAUGGAUCCCUUAGUAAUGCCAGUUAAUGAGUAAUGGUCACUCAAUAUGGUCCAAAUUCCAGGCACCAUCGACAUCAUCCCCAACAUUUCCAUACCUUGAUUACUAUUCCGCCAAAGUUAGGAGCCCAUCUACACAAUAAAUGUCAUUUCAUCAGAAUUAUGUAUUUCAUAUCUUGCAAGGAUGUUUGAUGUAUGUUUAAAUAUUUUUGCACUUUUUGAGGUUGUGGUUACCAUGGAACUGGUCAAGAGAGCAGGUUUCACUUUGGUCAGUUGGUCCAGGUAACUUACAACCCUUUUCUAAAAUCUUUACUCUGAUUCACAUUGUCGAUACAGGUUUGUAUGCACUAUGUUCCUCCAUUGGCCAUACAUACAUUCAGCGCUGUGGAGUAGUUGCCGUUUUUAGCCAACGAAUCAAACAUUGGCCUGGAUCCAUUGAGAUGGAAACAAUGGCUGUGUUCAGAUAACAUCGGCAAUAUUUCUUGUGCAACGUGCUCUUGCCUUGUGGUCUCCACCCUACACAUGGUUAAUAUCAGGCAGUGGUGAUGUCCACACAAAGUUUAUUCACAGUGCUCAGAGAAAUAGGGGCUGUGGGGUAACCAAGUGGUUAAAGCAUUCGCAUGUCGCGCCAAAGACCCGGGUUCGAUUCCCAGCAUGGGUACAAUAUGUGAAGCCCAUGUCUGGUGUCCCCCGCCGUGAUAUUCCUGGAAUAUUGCUAAACGGGGCAUAAAACCAUACUCACUCACUCAUUUGAGUAAUAUGGUUCCUUUUUGUUACUUGACUGAAGGGGGUAGCCUAGUUGUAAAAAUGCCUGCUUGUCACAAGGAAGACCAGGUUCGAUUUCCCACAUGGGUACAAUAUGUGAAACCCAUUUCUGGUGUCACCCGCUGUGAUAUUGGUGGAAUAUUGCUAAUAGCCGCGUAAGAACAUCCUCACUCACUCACUCAACUGAAAACAGGCACGUGCCACUACGUCACACCCUGCAUAACAUCCCGAUGUAUUCCCAGGUGGAGGAACAUAUUGGCAGGUAUUUACGAUGCUUGAUUAGCGAUGUAAUCUUUUGCUGUUAACAGUUCCUAAUCACAUUAACUCUUAUUCCUAGCCCUGAAAAUUGUAGUUGCAACUAAAAUGCCACUCAAAGCCAUCAUCGACAUCACACAUACUUCUCAACUGUAAGUUCAUUGGAACCCUAUCUUUAAUUCAAAAUGAUGAUCAGUUUUGGUGUAUCACAGAAUGAAUUGAAGAUCAUUUUCAAAAGUUGGUUAGAAAAGAAAACAUACUGGGGCCCUGUUCCACAAAUCAUAGCGCAACAAGUCUGUUUUCCUGUAGGAGUUACGAUCACCUCAGCACUAUGAACGCUUUGUGGAAUGGACACCUGAUCAACAGAAAUGGAAUAUCUUGUUGAGAAACUCAUCACAUUCGACCACAUUAAACUUGAUUUUUGCUCGCUGAUGUUUAUUUUAAAAACCACGAAGACACAUCUGUAUCAGCCCAUGUAUUCUCGUGAUGGCUUGUUCCGAGUUUCCACAGUUUGUCUGUCUCUGCACAAAGCCCCAUGUUGAUAACAGCAUAAUUUCUAAAUCUAUUCCUCUAGGUCCUGUAUAUAAUUCUUGUGUAUCGCAUCUAGGGAAUUGGAAUGCGUUUUAGUCAAUGUUUAAUGUUUCCCGUAAAUACAUGGAAAGGUUACAUACAGAGCAAUUCUGUCCCAAGUUUUGUAAUUGUCACAUUCUACAAAAUAAAUUGUCUCACAAUUUUAUUCAUUUGAUUUUCGCUUUCUUAUGGAAUUGGUAUUUGCCUUUUGCUUGUGGGUAUGAAUUCAAACUACAGUUGACAGUACUCCAGGAGUGACUACCAUUUGUUCACCUCAUUAUUGAGAGAAGUGUUGAACAUGAAAGUUUUCAAAAUAUAAUUUUUUGUAUGUUUCACAUCCAAUGUUAUGACAAAUUAUAGAAAUUUUGCGCAUUGUCUAUUUAUGUUUAUAAAUUGUGUUGUGUGUAUAUUUUACUGAUGGAUUGUUUCACAAAUGUUAAGUUGUGGAAAAAAUUGUCCGAUGUAUCGUGUGUGUAACUUUUUAUGAAUGUAUCCACGGGACUUAAUUAAAAAAAGGGACAGGAUAUUAUCCCAGUAGUAGAAGACCAGGUAUGACAAGUUUUCUAAUCAGAACUGAAGACAAUAAAUAUCUUACAAAUACUCACUGAAAUAUAUUCUUUUGUGUAAAUGGCCUGCCCAGAACUCUCACUUACUUCCCAGUUCAGGAAGAAAAGUUCAUGCUAGGUGUUACUGACUUAAGAAGGGAGGACGAAGAAGGAACAGGUUAAAUCAGGACAAUAAUACGUAGUCAAGGACAUUAAAGGAAAGACUUCUUCUCUCGUGGCUGCCAGCGCCCCAGUGCCCCACCAAUUUCGGUGGCAUGUCUUCCAUGACAAGGGCAGGUAACUCUAAAUCAGAUUUCAGUGGCAUGGCUCUAUUUUUUGUGACAGGUGAACUUUUCUGUUCCAUUCUUACAGAAAACCAAAGGCCAUCAUACAAAAAUGCCAUGUUUCAAAAUGCCAUUAAAAAGAUGGGACUGUUUGGUUUAUGCCCCAGAUAACUGUGUUAGCUAGACAGUAGCCAGCAAUGUGCCGUGCCUGUCUGAUGAAGCAGUCGUACAAUCUCCCUUAGCUCCUGUUCAGAAGCUUUGAAAAUGGUGUUUGCUCUACCAUUUUUUCCAUUUCGACGUGUUUUUUUUGAUAUUCUUCUCUAAAAUGUGUUAAUAAAUUUGAUACAGUGCUAUAUUGAGUAUUUGGCCGGUCCUUAGAGACCAAUAAGAUGUGACCUUGCCUAGACCUAAUGACUAAAGCCUGCAGUCAUAUAAUUUUGAAAUAUGAAACAAAUAGGGGAUAUGAAUGAUUUAAAGAAUUUUGAAACUUCUAUAUUUGAUUUUGCCUCAUUUUAUUCACAGGUGCUUAAGUUUUCUAAAACUGAUGCUCUAUGUUAGUUCUUUAUAGCAUUAUUUUGAAAUUGAAGAAACCUUUUUUCAAGAGUUUGUUGUUAGAUGAUAGACAAGUAUCUUGUUUGUGACUGGUUUUCGAGCUUUGGCCAUUCAUACUGAACAAAAAAGAGGGAUCAUGAAGGUUUUUGGAUAUUUGUGUAUAAUUGUGUGCUCAGUCGUCACUACAGAAAAUAAUCACAAAACAUAUUCAUAAUCCCUCAUUAAAAACAUUCAGUCUAUUUUUAGCAAGAGCUUAGUAAUUUCUACAAUGUAAGAAUACCUGGAGCUGUUGAAGAAUCCAGUUUUGUGUCAAUAUGACUGUAAAGUGACCUAAGUGGUGAUGUAAGGUCACAGAUAUAUUUUUAUUACUAUCAGGUAGAGUUUAGAGAGUGAUUUAUUUGGUUUUCAGUUGUUGGUUAAUACUGUAAUGUUAAGCAUCUGUUGGAGUUUGUCACGUUAACUGGGAAAGUCGCUAACUGUGUAGUGUCAGAAAACCAUGGUUAUUGAAUAUCGACAUGUCUGUUAGGAAUACCAAAGUAGAUUGUAAAUGUAUAUUGUGUGAUUUGACAAUAUGCUUGGUCUGUUCUCCAUGUUGGACAAUAAAGUUUUCAUCACACAUUCACAA